CAAUCCAAUUGAGAUAGAGGGAGGGAAAACAAUGGAAUAUCCCAUUCUCUCCAGAAACGCUGUCUGUGCGCGCGCGCGCCACAUUUCAUCGAUUUCCAAUUCAAGGUCACUGUCGUCACUCUUCACCUUUACCCUAAACAAACGCAAAUGCCCUAACUUCACCAUUCGAGUUCCUCGAUCGUUACAGUUACAGAAGAAAGAGCGAGUGGCAGUGGUAGCUAGGGUUUCUAUGAGCUGGUCUAAUGGCAUUCAGGAACCUAGGGUUCUAGUUGCACCUGAUCCUGGUAUAGAUGGAAAUUGUUCGGGACAUAUGAUAUUGCUCCGUCAUCCCAAAACUGGGAAUGGAACACAGUAUCUCUUUGUAAAUGGGGCACUUCAAGAGCUUCAAUGGUUUAAGAACUUAUAUGGAUCUUGGUUUUUGGGAGAUUAUACAUGUGAAGAUGGUCGGAUGUAUUUAUCCACACCAGUUGAUCCUGUUUUCAUCAUGCUACCCAUAUUUGAGGAGGCUAGAAUGAAGAAAAGGGAUGGUGAUCUUGGGAAUUUCAGGCAAUUGGAUGAAAUCUUGUAUAUUGAUGGGUAUCCUGGAUAUCAUCAGUUAAUGUCCACCGUGGAGAACUGUAUGCAAGUAGUUUGUGAAGUCAAAGAAGUUGGAUCCUUAAAAUUCUUCAGGCUUGAUGACUCAAAGGUUCUACGUUGGUUGUGCUACAAGGCUUGCCAGCUAAAACAGACACUACCCAAAUUGGACAAAAACUAUGCUGUUCAAUCAGAGAAAGACACAUUGGUUGAUGCAGUCUCUAUAUUAGGAGAAUAUUUGAAGGAAGAACCUUGGUUGCAGCUUUUGUGCAACCACCUUAAGUUAAAUUUGCUUGAGGUAACUGGAAGAACACAAGUAAACACAGAAGAAAGUAGCGCAGGUUUAUAUAAUGAAUCACAGGAACCGAAUGAUGAAAAGAAGGCCCCAAUUGCCAAGAAAGGUAGGCAAGCAAAGAAGACAAAACUAGAGACAGAAUCGCAUAACAUUAAAGACAUGUUUUCAAGAGCCUCAAGAAAGAAAAGCUAAAUAUUCCAUUUUCCAUUGAAGAUGGGUGUCAUUGUCAUGUAUUGCAUCCUUUUUCUAGACCUGCGAGUAGUGGAUAAGCACCGAGUCACCUCCUGGUUUGUACCAUUCGUUUAAUGUUAUUUAGCUUGAGAUGUUAUCCUAUUUAUCAUCAAUUUCUAUUUCACAUGAUGCAGCAGCAGCAGAUAUUAUCAAAUUUAAACAUCCAUAAAGGUUUUAGUA